ACCCUGGGACGGUGGCCCUGUAUCCAGGCAACCGUCGUGACGCCCAUGACAAAGCCCAGACCAGUUCUCCCAGUGUCAACAAGAAACGUGUUAGGCCUUAUUUUGAGGUACACUAACUUUUUCCCAAGCCAAGGAUUCCCUCUGCCGUUGGCCGGGAGGAUAAAGAGCGACAAUGGCCGCGCAGCGAGUCGCCAAGUUGCCGCCUCUUGCAGUCGGAGCGAGUGACAUGUCUCCGCGAGCAAUGAAAGGGUACGAGGGCCUGACGGGACCGUCCUACCAGCUGGUUUCAACCGGUUCCAAGUACAGCCUGCCGUCCCCAGGUGUCCUCCAGCCCUACGUAGACACCAGGUCGGGUGCGCUGGACGCCUGGCCGGCCCACGCGGCGGGACAGACCACCUCCAGCACCGCACUCGUGCCGCACGCCGGCGCCUCCGUCAAGUCCUACAGCAGCAGGAAACCUGUGGUGAAGGAGGAGGACACUGGGAAGGGCGUCCCCAAACCCAAGUUCCUGGACCAGCUGGAGAACUUUCUAAAGAAGGAACUGCGAGCACUGGGCUGUCCUGACUCUGGACCCAGUGAGCUACGGUUACAGGCGCACCGUGAAGUCUUUGAGUAUUUGAUUGAAGACUUUAAGACCUACAAGCCACUGCUGUCAUCCAUCAAGAAUGAGUAUGAAACAAUGCUCGCUCACCUCAGACAACAGAUAAGGGACCUGGAGCCACUUAAGUCCAUGUUGGUGACAGUUUCAGAGCAGUGUGACCAGAAGAUCCUCAAGAUUCGAGAGCAGGAGAAACAAGAAAUGGUGGAUUUAAGGAGAGAGAAUACAGGCCUGUACCGGAAGAUUAUGGGGAUGAGUGAACAGCAGCAAAACCUACAGGCACAAGUUAACAAGUUGCGAGAGGAACUGUCGGAGCAGUACCUGCGCUAUCGUGACGAGUGCGACGCGAGGAAGCUUCUCGUGUCAGACAUUAACGACCUGCGGUACCAGGCGGAGGACCUGCAGAAGGCUGCGUCAGCCGGCAGCGUGGGGGACCCGCAGGACGACCCCGUCAUGAUGAGGGUCGCUCUCAAGCAAGCACGUGUAGACCUGAAGAAAAUGUCGGAGGAGCUGAUCAGAAUGAAGGCAGACUACGGCGAUGUUGUUCCCAGGAGAGACUUUGAGAUGCUGGAGGCCAAACACAACGCCCUUCUGGAGACAGAGGGAGUUCUGCGCGACCAGUUCAGCAAACUACAGCAGGAACACGAUACGUUGCUGGAGGUGCACAAACAGGUCCUCCAACAGAGAGACGAGUUCUACACCCAGUCAGAGACACUCAGACGGAGUGCCACGCCCAGACCUGACUGGGACAAGUGUGGAGAGGUGGUGGACGGAGGGUCUGAGCGCUGGGCAGAGCUGACCAAGGAGAGCACCAGCGACCAGAAGAUGGACAUCCUCCUGCAGGAACUACAGACCAUGAAAGAUGCUGCAAGUGACAAGGACAUUCCCGAGUUCUUUGAAGGAAGGGGUUUCAAGCCGGAUGUACCGGCUUACCUGCGCUACGAAGGACAAGUCCGUAACAGGAAGCUAGCGAAACGUGACCUGGCCAUCGUCAUCAAGGAUGUGUGGAGAGAGAAGGCAGCACACGAUGCAGGGAAAGCGAAACCCACGAAGCUGGAGAACUACCUGCUGAUGUACCUGGAGAAGCGGUUUAACCUGGAGCCGCUGGUGGCUGAGUGGGGCUACAACAUCCACGACGCCUGCACACGCUUCCACCAAUCAGAGAACAGCAUCAACCUGUUCUUCAGCAUACUCAAGGGGGAAACAGACGAGGGGAUCUACCACCAGCAGAUUGAUGUCCUGUCUCGCCUGCUGAGUCACUUCGCUCAGAAGGACGUCACCCUGGGUACACAGGGAAAUCUACCAAAGGAGGAGUUUUCUGCCGGGUUAGUCGAGUUCUUCCCACUGAAGGAGCCGGAGUCUGUCCAGGUCCUGGUCCAGGCUGCUGAGGAUGAACUGGACACACAGGGAGGACCCAUACCCUUCAAACAACUCUUCACUGAGGAUGAUGAGGGAAGAACAGGCCCGUUCAUCAACAGACUUCGUGACCAGACCAAGUCAGAGAGAGAGGCGUAUGUGGAUGAUAUACAGGCUGCUUUAGGGGACGUUAGUGAUGUGGUGGUAGAAGAUGUCAGAAAGGCCUUCUUAACUGCUGAUCCUGAAAUUGAUCAACCAGAAAUUGACAUGUUCUUGGGGCGAGCGUUUGGAGUCGACAAGGACAAGUUGGAGAAGGCGAAACAGACCCACACAACAAAAGUACUUCAGAGGCUCCGAACCGGAAAUAUCCAUAGAGUAGGGAAGAAGCCAUGAACUCAGACAAUUGCACUGUAUGAGUGCAGUUGUACUUAGUGGGCUUUCCUUAGUCAGUUGAAACAAGCACGCAAACAGAAUGUACAUGUACUACACCUGUGCAGACCCCAGAUUUUUCAGUUUUUGUUGGAUGUUUGGUGAACAUUGCAUCAGAAUUUUGCCUGUUGCAGAUAU